CGGCCGCCUCCGGACGGGGCGGUGCCGCCCGAGCCGCGCUGCGGGUCCGGGGCCGGGCUGGGACCGGGACAGCGGCGGAGAGAGGUUAUCGGGAGCGUUUAACCAGGUUCACCUCCUAACUUGCUGUUUGCGCUGGAGAGGCGUAUUGACAUGAAAACUUUCAGCAAGACACUUGUACUGCCGUGAGUCUGGGAAGGCUGUCACUUCCGUGGGAGGUAAAAUAAGAACAUGGCAUGAUGUCCUUUGGAAAAGGAGCGAUGGCAGCCAUCAGGAAGAAGCUGGUGAUUGUGGGAGACGGCGCUUGCGGGAAGACGUGUCUGCUGAUCGUGUUCAGCAAGGACCAGUUCCCUGAGGUCUACGUACCCACUGUGUUUGAGAACUACAUUGCUGACAUAGAGGUGGAUGGGAAGCAGGUGGAGUUGGCCCUGUGGGACACGGCGGGACAGGAGGACUACGACAGGCUGCGGCCCCUCUCCUACCCGGACACAGAUGUUAUCCUCAUGUGCUUCUCCAUCGACAGCCCGGAUAGUCUCGAGAACAUCCCUGAGAAGUGGACGCCAGAGGUGAAGCACUUCUGCCCCAACGUGCCCAUCAUCCUGGUGGGGAACAAGAAGGACCUGCGGAAUGACGAGCACACGCGGCGGGAGCUGGCGAAGAUGAAGCAGGAGCCGGUGAAGCCGGAGGAAGGGAGGGACAUGGCCAACAGGAUCAAUGCCUUCGGCUACCUCGAGUGCUCGGCCAAGACAAAGGAGGGUGUGCGGGAGGUCUUCGAGAUGGCCACCCGUGCAGGCCUGCAGGUGCGGAAGAACAAGAAGCGCAGGGGCUGCCCCCUGCUGUGAGCGGCCCCGGGGCUGCCCCGCGCCCGCGGGGAGGGACCUGCUGCUGCCAGGACCUGCCCAGCCCCCCCAGAGCUGCCACCCAAGCCCCCGGGUGUCCCUGCAAGACUCCAGGGCCAUGAGGGGCCAGUGCCUUCAGUGCCCUCUGCUCUCUGUGGGCAUGUGCGUAGCUGCCCACAUCGUCCCGUUUUGUACCGGUCUCCCUGGUUUCACCUGUCCCGUGGGGACUGCCACGGUGUCUGCUCUCCCUCCCCAGCCCUGGGAGGUGCUGCUGGCUGCUGCCCACAGCUCGUGUCUGGGCUCUGCUGGGCAUGGGGGUGCCCUGCCCGUGGCGGGCAGCUCGCACCAGCCUUUUGUAGGGACUUGCCCAGGGCAGCUCUCAGCCCUGCCUGCACAGAGCCAGGCUCGGCUGCUGCCAGCAGCUCCCGGGACCCAGCACCCCUGCCCAGCUCUGCCCUGAUGCCUUCUUCCAGUCUGCGUUGGUCACGGACUUAGCACCAGUAAACUGAACUGCACAAUUGGGAAAAUAAAUGCAAACUGGUAUUUUAGUAAUUGUA